AUGGCUGAUGGUAAUCCUACUCUUGAAUUUGUAUCCAUAUCUACUUCUGGUGAUUAUAUGACUGAGAAGCAGAAGAAUAGGGGAGACAGUUCAUCGUCUUGGUUUAAUUACCCAACUUUGGGGUAUACGUGGAGUGAUAAUUACGGUACUAUAACGGAAAAAGAGCUCGAUUCUUUUUUUUUAAUGGCUCAUAUGGUCAUGAACCAUGAUGGCUAUGAUGCCUGA